UAUUUAUACGGCUAUUUCAAUCUUUUAGACUGCGAAAUAAUACAAGUCCCAAAUCUGAAAAAAAGUUAAGAAAAUCUUAUUUUCUCCUUCUGAGAGAAAUGGAAGAACUUGAACUGGUCAGACCUUCUCAUUGUGAAAGAGGAGAGUUAACAGCACCUUUUGGAAUCGGAAUACAAGCAAUUCUUGGGGCAAUUGCAUUCAGUACACUCCUCUUAAAACGGUGGAGAGAACCAAGGGAACUUCGCAGAACUUGGAAAAUUUGGUUUUAUGAUACCUCGAAACAGGGUGUAGGUGCUGCUUUCAUUCAUUUUGCUAAUGUGUUUCUUGCUGAUGCUGUAACUGCUGAAGACCCAUGUACUUGGUAUCUAAUAAGCUUUCUUUUGGACUCAACAGUUGGUCUUUUACUGAUUUACCUUGGUUUUAAACUUACUCAAAAAAUAGUACAUCACUUCAAGAUUAGAAGUUUGUACUUUGGAGAAUAUGGCAACCCACCAAAAAUCAGUGCAUUUCUUGGCCAAACUAUUUUGUACCUCAUUGUAAUGGUUAUUGAGAAAGUUUUAGUUGGUGUGAUGGUGCUACCAUCUUUUUGGCAUGAAGUGAGAAAAAUAUUGCUCAGUUGGAUCAAGGACCCUCACAUAGAAGUAGUGCUGGUCAUGCUUAUAGUUCCAUUUUGCGUUAACGCUCUCAUGUUUUGGGUGGUGGACAAUCUACUAAUGAAAAGGUCAAAGGCGAAAAACCUUGUGAGCCUAAACAGUGGUAGCCAAGAGCAACUGCUUAAAAUGAGUGGCUAUGCCAAGUGCAAUGCUCAGUACUUUAAACUAAAGCCAGUUGACCACAAGCAAACUACAGCGCUUCUUCUGACUGACCGUCAGGACUCCACAGAUGAAGAAAUACUUCUGAUACGGAAAUGCAGCCAAACAACUCCCGAUGAAACAUCCACUACGUCUAGCAUUGGUGGUGAAUACAGUCGUUCAAAUAUAACGUAAGCUGUAAUUUAUUAUUGCUACCCAAAAGAACUGAGCUUGCAGGUUACCGCCAUGUACAAUUCUUGGUACUUUUUUUUCUGGGUCUUAACAUUCUAUUAGUCUGAAUCAGCUAUACUGUACAUUUUCCAGUGCUUCCAUUCGCAAAUGCCUUGUACAAUCAAACCUUCGGCAACACUGUCGGAAAAAUAUUUCCAACAGUAAUGUGGCAACGUUUCAUUGGUCUUUAGUGUGCACUGUUCCAUUUUAUUUAAACAUUUUAAUCGUGCAUGUGUUUAUACUGAAGUGUCUUACUCCAACAUUUUUCUACGCAAUUGAUUUUUGCAUUCGCCGGCACUUUCUUUUCAUGCAUUUACUAUUUCCACAUAAAUAUGACACACUAUUUUUCCAACAGUAUUGGCUUAAGGUGAACACAAAACCUCAAAAAAAAAGUUUAAAACACACAAAACUAAAGUAUUGUUGUCAAAAUGAUUGUUUCGGUGUGAAUGUGAAGAACCAUACAGUUUGUUGACCCACAUAACAUUUUAAGUAGAUAGAAUGCUCUACAAACUUUAGUGCAAUAAAACUUAUGGUAAAUUACUGAUUUUAGUCAAAGUUAUGGCCCGUAAACAUCAUUUGCAAGAAAGUAGCAUAUGGUUUAGAUAUGCAUAGUUUGUGUCUGAAGCCUUAACUUUUUUAGAUUACUUUUGCUUUUCUAUCGUUCUUGGUGUUGUUUAUAUUUAAUCAAAGCACUAGAAUACAAAGCACACAGCUUAUGAU